AUGGGGUUCACACAAAGGGCUGAUGCUAGGCUCAGUAGGCUGCUUACUGUCAGCAUUCCAACAAAAGAAACAAAGUUGAGAGGGAAAAAAAAAAGCAACAAAAAGAAGAGCCACUGGCAUGAACACGUCAGCGCUGUACACUGUAAGGACAGGAACUUCCUGUGCCCGCUAUGUGAACACACCUACAAAACAGCUCGUGCACUGAAGCGGCAUCAGAAAGAAUCCCAUAGGUUGACGGAAUUACAGGAUGACAAUGAACAGAAUACGGACAUGCCUUCGAAGAGCCAGUUGCUUGAGCAUGUUCGCACGGUACACUGUGAGACGAGGGACUUUCAUUGCAAGCUGUGUGAUCACACGUACAAGUCUGCGCGUGGACUGAAGAGGAAUGAGAAGGAGUCCCAUAAAGUCGUGUGCACCGAAAUAAAGGAUGAGAAUAACGAGACGCGUGUUUCCAUGACUGUGGUGAAGAUUAAGAAAGGGAGCCUGACCUGCUCUGAGUGCCUGAAGGAUUUUCCAUCACGAGCUGAGCUGUUACAGCACAAUAUGGAACAACACAUCGAAUCCUACAAGCAUCUUUGUGACACAUGCGGGAAAAGAUACCUACGGAGGACGCAUCUACAGGACCAUGUUGCAAGUGUUCACACCUAUGGAGCUGAAAUAAAUUGCCAGUUGUGUGGAAAAUCUUACAAAGCCUUGUCUUCUUUAGGGCGGCAUUUAAAAGAUUCCCAUGCCGGUAGAAAGAAGGAAUUGUCAAUGUUUGAUUUGUUACGCAAUUCCGGUGUCAUGGGAACCUGGCAUUUACGAAAGAAUACGUCAAGUAUGUAUGGCAGUGCAGACGUUGAUUUUUUGGACGAUGAGGAGGAUAGUGAAAGUUACAAAGAAAGUGAUGAAGAAGAUAUUAAUGAUAAAGAUGUCAGUUUAACUGAAGAAGAAGAUGAAAGUGACCAAGAGAGAGAUUAA